AUGAGAACGUCUGUAGUCUUCGCUGCCCUUGUUAUCAGCAUCUGCGGCCUGCAAGACAACAUCUUGAACACUGGCGAGCCUAUAACACUCACGAUUUCGCCAAAAGUUUGGAAUCUUUUGGAGACAAAAGCUGAAAUAAUCAGCAACACAGUCAAAUCUAUCGAGUUCCCUAAAAGAAAAGAGAAAGUCAAGAAACUGUUGAAAUAUGAAGUAUGGGACGGGCACUUCGAACGCUUCUCCGUGCCGAAAAACGGAAUGUCAUUCGAGAAUAUGAGCAAUGGCGUCCAUUUACGGGUGAAGGAUGUCCAGUUCAGUGGUUCCGUCCAUGCAAGAUUAUACAUAGGAGGAAAGAUUGGUCGCAUACGUGUCACUGGUGAUAUUAAAGUGAAGAGUUCAAGUGCUGAGCUUGAUGUCGCCUUGGCAUGGAAUGAUUUCACUUUCACACCUACGAUCUCGAUGAAGUCGAAUCUUCGCAUUGACUUUACACACCAUCUUCGGCACUUCAACCUCAUCAGAAGCCACUUCCAGAAACUUGCUACACGUGCUGUUAACAAAAAAGUACCUGAAAAAGUAGGC